AUGGGUGUGUUCAGGGAGAGUAGUGAGUCGAGUGUAGUGUCGCAGGGGCCCGGCCCCUGCCACGAGCAGCCCUUCCUGGACCAGUACGAGGUCCUGAGGGCCAUCGGGCAGGGCGAGUUUGGCCAGGUGCACCUGGCCUGCCACCGCCUGACGGGGGCCGAGGUGGCGGUGAAGGUGCUGAGGCUGGCGGUGCAGAACAUCCCGGUGCUGUCGGAGCCCUACAUGCUGAAGAGGCUGGAGCACCCCAGCGUGGUGCGGCUCUUUCAGGUGAUGGCCACCCAGGAGAAGCUGUACGUGGUGAUGGAGCUGGCGGCGGGGGAGCCGCUGCUGCGGCGCAUCCCGCGUGGGGGCAUGCAGCGCGAGGAGGCCCGCAGGGUCUUCAGGCAGGUGGCGUGCGCCGUGGCCUACUGCCACGAGCAGGGCGUGGCGCACCGAGACCUCAAGCCCGAGAACAUCAUGGUGGGCGCCACGGGCCGCAUCAAGCUCAUCGACUUCGGCCUCGGCGCCCGGUUUAGGCCCGGGCAGAAGCUCCGCAAUUUCUGGGGCACUCUGGCGUACCUGGCCCCAGAGAUCGUCCUGCGGCAGGAGUACGAGGGCCCCCUGGCCGACGUCUGGAGCCUGGGUGUCCUGCUCUACUUCAUGUUGACAGGCAGCCGCCCGUUCAGGGCCCGCACGGCGCUGGACGUGCUGAUGGCCAUCGUGCAGGCCAGGUUCCACCUGCCCAGCUCUGUUCCCACCCAGGCGCGGAGGCUCAUCCUCCAGAUCCUGACCGUCAAGCCCGAGAAGCGGCCCACAGUGCAGCAGAUCCUGCAGCACCCGUGGCUGCGGCAGGGCGAGCUGUGUGCGCCCCAUCGUCCCAGCCAGGCGCUGCCCCAGCGCCCGGACCCCGCCCUCCUGACCGUCCUCUUCGACCUGGGCUUCGACCCCUACCACACCUGGCUGUCCCUGGCCAAGAGGAAGUUCGAUGCGGCCAUGGCCACCUACCUGCUGCUGAAGCACCAGCAAGGCCAGGGGGUAGGGUUUGCACUGCAGGGCCGGCCCCUGCCUCCCUGGCUGAGGUCUCGCCAGCGCCCUGAGGACCUGUCCCCUGUCCCUGUGCUGCCCCAGAGGAGCGCCAGCGAGCCUGCCCUGCGCACCUUCCCCGGGUCCCCUGAGGGUCCGCUGCCCCGGGAGACCCAGGAGCCAGGCCGCCAGGGCACCAGAGCUGCCAGCCUGCCCGCCGUUCCUCUGCGCUGCCAGCCCGCCGGGGCCCCCACCCUCGGCAGCUGCCUGCAGUCGGACUCUGACCUCCACCUGGCCGGCUCCUGGGGCAUCUUGUACGUGUGGUCCAGGACGGGCAGCAGCAGCACCUCCUCCCAGGACACGGACCCACGGCAAGGCCACACAAGUGCCUGGAAGCGGGUGAGGAGGACGAUCGGCGCCUGCCUCCGAGGGCUGUGCUGCUGCCUGCCGCGGGCCAGCUCCAGAGUGGCCCCGACGCCACGGAGGGGAAGCGGGCCACACCGUGAAUGGCCAGCCUCCCAGGAGCUGGAGAGCUGA